CAGUCAUCAAGGGGCAUAAGAAGCGACAUCAGCACCACCGCCAUCCUCAGCCUUGAUGCCCGAAGCACUCUUUCUACCAGUGAGGUGGACUUUGCCUUUGUGGUGUGGCAGAGCUUUCCUGAGCGGAUGGUGGGCUUUCUGACCUGGAACCACUUCUGGGAUGAGGCGGGUGGAUGGGGCUACAGUACUAAGAUGGCCAAUGAAUUCUCCAUGGUCCUCACUACGGCUGCUUUCUACCACAGGUAUUACCACACCCUCUUCACCCACUCCCUGCCUAAGACCCUGAGGACCUUGGCAGAUGACACUCCCACCUGUGUGGACGUCCUGAUGAACUUCCUGGUAGCAACUGUCACCAAGCUGCCUCCAAUCAAGGUGCCUUAUGGCAGGCAGCACCAGGAGGCUGCCCCACUGGCCGCUGAGGGCCUGGACCGGGACCAGAGCCUCAGCCUCUGGCUCAGGACUGCAUCAACCGUGUGGCAGCGGGGUUCGGCCACAUGCCUCUGGUGUCCUCUCGAGUGCGUCUGGACCCGGUACUGUUCAAGGACCCGGUGUCUGUGCAACGGCGCCCUGAGGGGCCGGGUCUCCCCUUGGCUGCUGCGGGACAACGUUUGGUUUGGCACAGGCCGGGACACAGGCUGA